GCCGCGCGCCCGCCCGGACCCGCUCCCUACCUGCCCCCGCCCGCCACCUCGCCCGCGCCGGGGGACAGGCCGCCCAGCCCUCUCUCGGCCCGACGGCGCCCCAUGUCCCCAGACACCUGAGCGCCGGCCGCGCCGAGGAGCCUCCCACGGGGACAGCCACCGGUGCCCUUCCUCGCGAGGAAGAUGGGGCUGGAGACGCUUUCCCUGGGGAUGCUUGCGUGGCUGGUGGCCACGGGGGCUGUCCUCUGCGCGGAGCUGGGGGUCUGCGCCGGCCUCGACUAUGACUAUACUUUCGGUGGCAACGGAGAGGAAGAGGCGGAGGCGCUGGACUACAAGGAUCCGUGCAAAGCCGCUGUGUUUUGGGGUGACAUUGCCUUAGACGAUGAAGACUUAAAUAUCUUUCAAAUUGAUAGGACAAUUGACCUUACACAGAACCCCUUUGGAAAAUUUGGACAUACCACAGGUGGAUUUGGAGACCAUGGUAUGUCAAAGAAACGAGGGGCCCUCUACCAACUUAUAGACAGGAUAAGAAGAAUUGGCUCUGGCUUGGAGCAAAACAACACAGUUAAGGAAAAAGUACCUCUAAAAUUCUCAGGGCAAAAUGAGAAAAAUCGAGUUCCCAGAGCUGCUACAUCAAGAACUGAAAGAGUAUGGCCUGGAGGUGUUAUUCCUUACGUUAUAGGAGGCAACUUCACUGGCAGCCAGCGAGCCAUGUUCAAGCAGGCCAUGAGGCACUGGGAAAAGCACACAUGCGUGACUUUCAUUGAAAGAGGGGAUGAAGAGAGUUACAUUGUAUUCACAUAUAGGCCUUGUGGAUGCUGCUCCUAUGUAGGUCGGCGUGGAAAUGGACCUCAGGCGAUCUCUAUUGGCAAGAACUGUGAUAAAUUUGGAAUUGUUGUUCAUGAAUUGGGCCAUGUGAUAGGUUUUUGGCAUGAACACACACGACCAGAUCGAGAUAAUCAUGUAACUAUCAUAAGAGAAAACAUCCAGCCAGGUCAAGAGUACAAUUUUCUGAAGAUGGAGCCUGGAGAAGUGAACUCGCUUGGAGAAAGAUAUGAUUUUGACAGUAUCAUGCACUAUGCCAGGAACACCUUCUCAAGGGGGAUGUUUCUGGAUACCAUUCUCCCCUCACGUGAUGAUAAUGGCAUACGUCCAGCAAUUGGUCAGCGAACCCGUUUAAGCAAAGGAGAUAUUGCACAGGCAAGAAAGCUGUACAGAUGUCCAGCAUGUGGAGAAACCCUACAAGAAUCCAAUGGCAACCUUUCCUCCCCAGGAUUUCCAAAUGGCUACCCAUCUUAUACACACUGCAUCUGGAGAGUUUCUGUGACCCCAGGAGAGAAGAUUGUCUUAAACUUUACUACGAUGGACCUAUACAAAAGUAGUUUGUGCUGGUAUGAUUACAUUGAAGUAAGAGAUGGGUACUGGAGGAAAUCACCUCUCCUUGGUAGAUUCUGUGGGGACAAAUUGCCUGAAGUUCUUACCUCUACAGACAGCAGAAUGUGGAUUGAGUUUCGUAGCAGCAGUAAUUGGGUGGGAAAGGGCUUUGCAGCGAUCUAUGAAGCUAUCUGUGGAGGUGAGAUACGUAAAAAUGAAGGACAGAUUCAGUCUCCUAAUUAUCCCGAUGACUACAGGCCGAUGAAAGAAUGUGUAUGGAAAAUAGCAGUGUCAGAAGACUGCUAUGUCGGGCUGACCUUUCAGGCCUUUGAGAUUGAGAGACAUGACAACUGUGCCUAUGACUACCUAGAAGUUCGAGAUGGAACCAGUGAAAAUAGUCCUUUAAUAGGGCGUUUCUGUGGUUAUGAUAAACCUGAAGAUAUCAGAUCUACCUCCAAUACCUUGUGGAUGAAGUUUGUUUCUGAUGGAACUGUGAACAAAGCAGGGUUCGCUGCCAAUUUUUUUAAAGAGGAAGAUGAGUGUGCCAAGCCUGACCGUGGAGGCUGUGAGCAGCGUUGUCUGAACACACUGGGCAGUUACCAGUGCUCCUGCGAGCCUGGCUAUGAGCUGGGACCUGACAAAAGGACGUGCGAAGCGGCUUGCGGUGGACUUCUUACAAAACUGAAUGGCACCAUAACCACUCCAGGCUGGCCGAAGGAGUACCCUCCCAACAAGCACUGUGUGUGGCAAGUGGUGGCACCAACACAGUACAGAAUUUCUAUGAAGUUUGAGUUUUUUGAAUUGGAGGGCAAUGAAGUUUGCAAAUACGAUUAUGUGGAGAUUUGGAGUGGUCUUUCUUCUGAGCCUAAAUUGCAUGGCAAAUUUUGUGGUGCUGAAGUGCCUGACGUGAUCACAUCUCAGUUCAACAAUAUGAGAAUUGAAUUCAAAUCUGACAAUACUGUAUCCAAGAAGGGCUUCAAAGCACAUUUCUUCUCAGACAAAGAUGAGUGCUCUAAGGAUAAUGGCGGGUGCCAUCAUGAGUGUGUCAACACAAUGGGAAGCUACAUGUGUCAGUGCCGUAAUGGAUUUGUUCUGCAUGAAAAUAAACAUGAUUGCAAGGAAGCUGAGUGUGAACAGAAGAUUCACAGUCCAAGUGGCUUCAUCACUAGUCCCAACUGGCCAGACAAGUACCCAAGCAGGAAAGAAUGCACAUGGGAAAUCAGUGCAACUCCUGGUCAUCGAAUCAAAUUAGUCUUUAGUGAGUUUGAGAUUGAACAGCAUCAAGAAUGUGCUUAUGAUCACUUGGAAGUAUUUGAUGGAGAAACGGAAAAAUCACCAAUUCUUGGACGACUGUGUGGGAACAAGAUACCAGAGCCCCUUGUGGCUACUGGAAAUAAAAUGUUUGUUCGGUUUGUUUCUGAUGCAUCUGUUCAAAGAAAAGGCUUUCAAGCCACACAUUCUACAGAGUGUGGUGGCAGACUGAAAGUGGAAUCAAAACCCAGAGAUCUGUACUCACAUGCUCAGUUUGGUGAUAACAACUACCCAGGACAAGUUGACUGUGAAUGGCUGUUAGUGUCAGAACGGGGCUCUCAACUCGAGUUAUCCUUCCAGAUUUUUGAAGUGGAAGAAGAAGCUGACUGUGGCUAUGACUAUGUUGAGCUUUUUGAUGGUCUCGAUUCAACAGCGGUGGGGCUUGGUCGAUUCUGUGGAUCAGGGCCACCAGAAGAGAUCUAUUCAAUUGGUGAUACAGUUUUAAUUCAUUUUCACACUGAUGACACAAUCAGCAAGAAAGGAUUUCAUAUAAGAUACAAAAGCAUCAGAUAUCCAGAUACCACGCAUACCAAAAAAUAACACCAAAACCUCCAUCAAAACAUAAAGGAAUGGGCAUAAUGGAAAGAAGAUGUAUUUCUUUUUUAAAUGAAGAUUUUAGCACAAAGUUUUAUAUAAUGAGUUUGAGAAGAAGAAAACUGCAAGACCAGAAUUAUCUCUGUACUAAAAGAGAAGUUUCCAGCUAACCCUGAUCAGCAUUACCAGGAUAUCUGAACUUCAUUCUUGACAGUAUAAAUAUAAAUAAAGUUGGUGAAAGGGCGUCUCAUGCUUCAAAGAAGACUUCACAAUCCUUUGUUCACAGCUCACCAUAGCUGCUUCACAAUUCAGCCCCAUUCAGGGUCUGUGACCCUGCAGAGUGUCCUUUUUGAAAAUUUUUCAAUAUAUGGGAAAAGUAAAAUGACCUUGCAGGUCAUAAACUGGAACACCCUCUCCUUGUAUCUUAGGAUAAUUGCUUUGACUUUGCAUCUUGAAGACAGUGUAAACCAGACCCAUAUAAGUUGUUGUGAAGUGGGAGUCUCUUGAGGGUGGUUUAUACUUUAAAUGUGGGUAUGACAAAUGCUUGGAAACUGGAAUAUUUCAGCUUCAUUAUUUUCACUUGCAGGCUAAAUUUACCUCUUUGAAACAUAAAUGAUCUCGAGACCACUUCCUUUUUGUGACAUUCUGACAAGUUUGAAAUUUCAAUACUGUCUAUCAUUGCAGUUAACUCUAGAUAUCAUUUAUUUAAGUGCUGGAAAAUGCCCAGUUGAUUGGUAAACUCAGUUCUUUCAGCGAAAGUGCUGUCUUUUCACACCAAAUUCAAGAAGCCUUGUGAUGUCUUAUGAACUUGAUGAGACAACUCCCAACAGGUGUGAACAGGAUUCUUCUAAGUGACUGCCUGGAUGGUUCAUACUCAAGCUCCACUGCUGCUAUUGUCUUUCUUUUGUUGUUGAUCUGUUGUAGUUGUUAAUGUUGAUGUUGUCAUGGUUAAUGUAUUAUUUUUAAAAAAUGAAAUGAAAUGAAGUGGAAGUAGGCCUUGUUAGAAUUGAAAGAUCUCUUUCUUUCUCUUCCUAGAAAUCAGUUUUUUAAAAUGCAAUGUUGAAAAAAAAAGGAUUUGUUUCUGAAAGACUUUCCAUGGUGCUAUUCCAUAAACAUUUUUUUAAGCAAAGUUUUUGACCUUUGAGCCAACCACCUGUAGACUAUGAACGUCUCUGUCUGGAUGGUAGCACUUGAAGACUAAAGACUUAAUGUAUCAAGAGUAUAUCAUUGCAAGGGCAACACUUGUCCUGUGGAACAACUGCUUAUAUUGCCUUAGAAUUCUUUCAUAUGAUCGAGCAGAUCCUCCUAAGAUAUACAACUUUUGAGAAGUUGAACAUAAUAGUGUAUGUUAAUUAGCAAUUCUAUGAGGAAAAUCCAUUUCUGUGACUGAGAGCAUUGGGUAUAAAUAUGGUGACCUGCUUUUAUUGUAGAAAAUGAAUUUUCGCUUUAAAGGCAGGUUUUUAAAAAAAUAUUAAUGUAUGUAUAUGUGAGGUUGUCUGAAUGAGUGGAGUUACAAGGAGGUGAAAAGUAGUGGGUGGUUGAAAAGUUUAAAUUUACGUGCCAAGUUCUACUAAAACCCUAUUUAAAGUAGCACCUUUCAUAGGGCGUUUCAUGGACAAAUAAUGGGAACUUCUAAUUAUUAUCAACCCCAUUUUAAAAAAGCUCCUUCCUUCAGAGAAACUCUAUUUUCAUAUUUUUUGAUGUUGAUAUAGAUUGCUAUAUGAAGCAGCUUUUGUUCUGUUACCUGUCCAUGAACAUUCAACAUUUAAUAAAAUUGAGAAUUUUCCUUCAUUUUACAAAAUUAAGCUAUACACACAGAUUUAGCUUUUUUUUUUUUUUUUGUCAUUGUUGCCUUGGAAAUCUUUUCUUGCAUAUGAACUUUAUUAUGUAAAUACAUUUUUAAAACCAAUCUUUUGAUCUUACUGAAUGUUACUUUGGAAAUGUAUAACUAACGCCUGCAAUAUAAUGAGCUUUUUAGUGGAGCUGAUUUAUUCCAGUAACUCUUCUAUAUUUUUUUUCACUAAUCUCCAGUUAGCCAAAAUAUUGGGAAUGGGAAUUAAAGGAGAAAAAAAACCUUAACACCUAAUAUACUACACUGUGCCCAGCCCAGUACUAGGCACAUACACUAGCUCUUUUUAACCUUUAUGACACCCUUUGAGAACUGUGGUGAUGUUCUCAUUUUGUGGUUUAGGAACUGAGGCUCAAAGAAGGCAUAUAAUAUUCCCAGGGUCACAGUGUAAAGUUAGAUGUUAAAACCCAGGUUGUCUGAUAUAAAAAUCUGUGUUUGUUCUACAAAAUGUAGUAGAAUCAAUCUUGACCUAUAUAAAUAGUAGAUAUAUUUUAUGAUGAAACUUCUCCACAUAAAGUCAAUUUUAGAGGUGAAUUACAGUAAAACUUUCAGGAUAAGCAUUGUUCCUUUCAGUAAUAGCAUGACAAUUCAAAUAUCAACUGUAGAUAUCUUUAAGAACCACAGGUAGUACUAGAAAUGUGAAAAACAAAAAAACUACUAUAUAGUUUGGAGUUAGUAACUAUGGGCCUUUGUUAAAAUAAAUAUAUUAAAUUAUUUUAUCUGGUGUGGUAGGAGAAAUGUAGUGUUCUACUUUAAGAAAUAUUGUGGAUAUUCUGACUGACAUCUUAUUAGGCCACAAUAAGCUGCCUUUGACACAACUGAGAAAUAAAGUAUUUAGAAGGCACACCACAGAGAUGUUGUCAUAACUUAGGUCUUCAAUGGGAACAUUAAUUUUUUAUUGUACCUUAUGUCAGAUAUCAGCUCACUGAAUAUUAUUUUUAUAUUAAUUCGACUUUGGCUUAAGUAUGUUGUUAAAUUCAAACACAAACAGCUUCGUUGUUAUUGUGUUAAUAAUUGUUAAUUACUGUUCUAGGCAUUUUAUUAGUUUUGUAAAUUUAUUUUCAACCUCUACUCUCUAUUUGCCAAAGUUUUAACUCUUAUACAAUCCUCACUAACUAUACAUAGAAGAAAACUGCUCCCACUUUAUAUGAUUUUAUUAAAUUAUUUUCAAAUUCAAUUUUGAAUAUUAAUCUAGUUUAGUUAGGAAAUCGUGACAACUGCACAAAACAACAUUUUUAAAGAAAUAUAUGAGAAACAGCAAUUCUAUUUCCAAAGUCUCCAAAUGUCCCCUGCCUGUAUUGGCUGAAUUUUUGCUAUCUUGGAUUAAUUUUAGUAUACCACAGUUAUCAGAUUCAAAUUCUGUUCAAUUUUGUUUUUAAACAUCUUAGUCUCCUUUGUUUGGUUUCUAUUACUAUAUUUUUGAUAGUAAGCCUCAAAUAAUGAAAUUUUAUUCUCACAUAUAGAAAAUCUCUAAAAGCAUCUAAUUACUCUUUACAAGGCUAAAUUUUUUUUAAAAGAAACAUUAAAUUACAUAUUUGUUUAGAUUUAGGAAACUAUAACCAUGUGUGACAUUAAAAAUAACUUUUCUUAAAACAAUUAACAAAAUGUUUGGAAAUUUUAUUUAACAAUAAUUUUAUUUAGCAAGAAUAUUUUGGAUAAAGAAAACCUUAAUACCACUUAUUAAAUCCGGCAUGGGAGAAAGAAAACAGAAAAAAUAAUUACCAUAUAAAGAUCUAUAACUUGAGCUACAGUGAUGCCUUCUGUUUUACUAGAAAAAAUAUGUAAUAUGAGCUUAUCAAAAAGAAAGAAAAGAUGGUCUAUGGAUGCAUUUUUACAUCAGUGCAUAAUAAAUGGUUACCAAUGAACAUUUAA